AUGGACGACUUGGAUAAGAUUUCAUCCCCAGCAUCGGGGCUUCCUCUCGGGUUUCACGGCACAGCAAUUCACUCUCACAGCUUGACCGAUCUUGAGAUUCUGGAAAAUUGCUUUAUCCUGGUGGAUAAGUCGGGCAAGAUACAAGCCCUCCAAACAGAUGUGGAUCCGAGUCAAAUCAGCUCCAUCAUCUCAGACCAUGGCUAUGCGCCCGAUGUAUUCCCCGUCAAGUACCUGCGCUGGGGCGAGUUCUUGUGUCCGGGCUUUGUGGACACCCACAAUCAUGCCCCUCAGUGGACACAGCGUGGCGUGGGCCGCGGCAUAUCACUCAUCGACUGGUUAAACCAAGUUACUUUCGCCCAUGAAGCCAAGUUCGCUGAUGCCGAGUACGCCAAACGCACAUAUGCUUCAUGUGUCAACGGCUUCCUCCAGCAAGGCAUUACGACCGCGUCCUACUAUGGCUCCCACCAUGGCGAGGCAACUCGGAUCUUGGCCGACAUCUGCUACGAGAAAGGCCAGCGAGCUUUGGUUGGCAAGUGCAAUAUGAAUCGAAACGCUCCGGACUGGUAUCGCGAUGCCUCCAUUUCGGACUCCUUACGUGAGACACGAGCAUUGAUUCAGCACGUUCAAGACCUGGAUCCAGAGGGACGAUUGGUGAGGCCCGUCAUCACCCCGCGAUUUGCAAUCUCGUGUGAAUCGGAACUGCUUUCGGGUCUGGGGACCAUCGCUCAAGAGCACCCCGAUCUGCCAAUUCAGACCCAUUUCAACGAGGAACAGCAGGAAAUCGAGUUCACGCGCGAGCUAUUUCCCGAGUUUCACCUCGAAGCCGAUCUAUACCAGCAUUUUGGAUUACUAAACGAGCGAUCCAUCCUGGCACACUCGAUCUAUCUAGAAGAGAAAGAAAUGAAUAUGAUGCGGGAGCUCCGCUGCGGUGUCGCGCAUUGCCCAAUUGCCAAUACCACCAUGCGGGACUUUAUGAUUGCACCAAUCCGUGAAUACCUUCGCCGCGGCAUCAAGGUCGGUCUGGGAACAGACAGUGGCGGUGGAUAUUCUUCUUCCAUGUUGGAUGCUAUGAAACAAGCCUUUGUAGUGUCGAUUGCCCAGAAGACACAAACCAACGGAAAGGAUGAACCAUUAUCACUGGCUGAAGGAUUUUAUCUUGCGACCAUGGGUGGAGCUCAAGUUUGUGGUUUGGAGGAUAAAAUUGGGAGCUUCGCGGUGGGCAAGGAAUUCGAUGCCUUGGAAAUACAUACCAUCGAUUUGGAGCAGCGCGGCGUGAUAUCGCCUGUUGAAGAGGAUGACUCGACUUUUGUUAUCUUUGAGAAAUUCCUGAUGACGGGCGACGAUCGAAAUAUUGCCAAGGUUUAUGUCCAAGGGCGUUCGGUGAAGGUGUGA